AUCCCAAAUAUGAAAUAUCCACAACACAAUCAAUUAAUUUACAGAUUUUACGAUGGCAAAUCUCUCAACACUUACCUUUGCAAUUGUGAUUGUGAUUUCGUGCUUUGUAGCUAAUGGAAUGUUAGGAGCGAGGACCAAGGUUGACCAUGUCAAAACGAACAAGAUGAUUCAGGAGAUCGGGAGGUAUUCAGUGGAUGAGUACAACCGCUUGCCGCGGAGCACAACCGCGAAUGACGAAGGAGGUUUAAGGUUUUCGCGAGUGGUGGAGGCGGAGCAGCAGGUGGUGUCAGGGAUGAAGUAUUACAUGAAGAUCGAGGCGUUAACGAAGAGUGGAGAUCCGAAGGUGUUUGAGUCGGUUGUGGUGGUGAAACCGUGGCUUCGUUCGAAGCAGUUGGUGAAGUUCGGGCCGUCACAGGGGGUUUUGCGACCGGUUUGAUGAGUGGCCGGAAUUGUAAUAAAAUUUUGCGAUGAUGUGUAUGCCUAUAUGGUGUGAUGAGCAUUUUGCGGUUUUGGUUUUGGUUUUGGCUUUGGUUUGUUGUAGUUCCGGUAAUGUAAUAUGUGAAGGGGCAAAUAGAAUGUUCAAUAAACUUGAAGGUUGAAACUUUAUAAUUAAUGGAGGCUGAAACGCAAUCAAA